UUGUGAUAAUAUGAAAUUUUAAUCCAUGGGGCGUGUCUAUGACGUGCGCCUAUUUGCUGUUAUCGCGAGACUACUGUCUCUCCACCACAACUUCCUCCAGCAAAGCGCCAUUUUCGGCGUCGUUACGGGACUACAGCAUGCUGUUGUCAAACAGAUAAUAAGGCUAGUAUUUAACGUUGUAAGGCCUCUUUUUCAGCGUUCAUAAAAAUGGGACGAAAGAAGAAGAAGCAGAUGAAGCCAUGGUGCUGGUACUGUAAUCGAGACUUUGAUGAUGAAAAGAUCCUCAUUCAGCAUCAGAAGGCGAAGCAUUUUAAAUGUCAUAUCUGCCACAAGAAGUUGUACACAGGCCCAGGCUUGGCUAUCCAUUGCAUGCAGGUACACAAAGAGACAAUUGACAGUGUACCUAAUGCAAUUCCUGGAAGAACAGACAUUGAGCUGGAGAUCUACGGUAUGGAGGGGAUUCCAGAGAAAGACAUGCAGGAAAGAAGACGAACGUUAGAACAGAAAUCACAAGAGAGUCAAAAGAAGAAGUCUAACAAUCAGGAUGAUUCGGAUGAGGACGAUGACGAUGAUGAUGAAGCAGGACCAUCAGUUCAGCAGGUUUCUGCUGUCCAGCCCCAGGCAGGCUACGCUGCUCCAAUGGCCCAGCUUGGGAUGCCUCCUGUGGCCGGCGCACCUGGGAUGCACCCUGGAGGAUAUCAAGGAAUGCCUCCCAUGAUGCCGGGUGUUCCUCCAAUGAUGCACGGCAUGCCCCCUGCCAUGCACGGCAUGCCACCAGGCAUGAUGCCAAUGGGUGGAAUGAUGCCUCCCAUGAUGCCAGGGAUGCCCGGUAUGCCCCACGGAAUGCCACAUCACAUGGCUCCAAGGCCAGGCAUGCCUCAUAUGGCCCCAUCCGCUGCAGCAGGAGCGAUACCCAGUCGACCAGCAGUACCAGUGGCUCAGCCCGCCGUCACCAAGCCUCUCUUCCCCAGUGCAGCACAGAUGGGCGCUGGUGGUCACAGCAGCACAGCAGCUGUUUCCUCUCCGCCUGCAGACCUUCAGUCUGCCUCCUCUCAGCCUCCCUUUCCUAACACGCCACAAGCCCAGCAGAGCACUUCAGGAGCUGCAGCUUCAAACUCCCACAGUACAGCCGCCUCCUCUGACCCUCCCAAAGCAACAUUCCCUGCCUACACCCAGCCCUCUGUCUCUUCUUGCUCUUCCACUUCUUCUUCUAACCCCUCUAGCAGCACUGUGGCUAAACCCCCAGCCACAGUGCCCUCCAAGCCCGCCACCCUCACCACCACGAGUGCAACUAGUAAGUUGAUCCAUCCUGAUGAGGAUAUCUCACUGGAAGAGAUGAGGGCCCAAUUGCCCCGUUACCAGCGUCUUACACCCAGGCCCGGUCAGGCCCACGUGGCUGCUCCCCCAGUGGCGUCUGUGGGCAGCAUAAUGCCUCCACAGCAAGGCAUGCCACCACAGCAGCCUGGCAUGAGGCAUCCCAUGCAUGGUCAGUAUGGUGCUCCUCCUCAGGGCAUGCCAAGUUACAUGCCUGGAGGGAUGCCUCCAUAUGGGCAGGGUCCUCCUAUGGUUCCCUCUUACCAGGGAGGCCCUCCCAUGGGCAUGAGGCCGCCCGUCAUGUCUCCGGCUGGACGCUACUGAAGCACCAAAGCAGCCACCACAUUAGGUUUGAGGUUAACACCUUUCUCUCAUCCUUGUGCUUUUUCAAACCUAGCUGCAAGCAAAGAGCAGUAAGACCAGUGGUGGUGAAGACAAACAUUAUUUGUUAGAACACAUGGACAUUUAAUGUAACAUCUUUAUUGGAACCAACCACCACACAUGUUCCUGAAAGCUAUUUGUUGUCAUUUGAUUACAUGUGAGGAUAUAUUUUUCCCCUAUAGGUUUCACUCAGGUUUAUAGAAGUGAAGUGUGUUAAAAUGAUUCAUAUUUCUUUUGAAGCUGCUGGAGUUACAUGAACGUACCAACUCCUUACAAAGGCAAGUUUCUCUUGUAAACAUUUUUUUAUUUUUGUUUAUUUUUUUGGUAGAUUGAUUGAGGCCCUCACAGCAUGCUUAGGUGCUGUUGGACUUGCGUCCCCAACCUUGGUUGGUGAGGGUCUCAGUGACAAAGAUGAUUCCAACUCAGUAGUGUUAAAAUUCACGACUCAUCAGUCUCUAGCUUUAUCCUUUAAUUCAGGUUUGUUUUUAAUAUAUCCUGAUCAAAAGGGUACCUGUAUGCAUCCUUUGUAAUGUUUUAUGAAUCUGUUGUAAUAAAAUUCAUCUUGAAAUCCAA